AUGAGAAAAAUCAGUGAUCCUCCGUUUCUCAAGCAAGGACAAGUGGGUGGUUUGAAAAGUGGCCAUCAGUCCAUGAUUGUGAGAAUGGUGAGUCCCACCGGAUCCAUCUCAACCAUUUCGUUACGGGAAAAACGUUGCUUUAUACGAUACAUUAAUGCCAUCAUGGAGAGAGUAAGCCUUAAUGAUCCUCACGAAUGGAAAAUGAUCGGAUUGGAGAAUAUUGAGAGUGAUGAAAUGUAUGAUCGGUUGAAAGAUGGACUCGUAUUCUUACACCUUAUUGAUCAGAUAUUACCCAAUCUUGUGGAAUGGAAAAUAGUCUACAAGUCCAAAAGCGGAGAAGAAUUGAACAAGAUUAAACGCGUACAAAAUCAUCAUCAUGCAUUACAGUGUUGCAAAGGAUUAGGUAUUGUCAUUGUAAAUAUUUCAGCGGAUGAUUGUGCCGAGGGCAAACCAAUGGCGCUUCAUUCCAUUCUCUCCAUAUUGAUACGAGAGGAAUUGUCCAAAUCUCUGAAUAUUCUCUUCAACUUUCAUGUGCUUGCGUUGAAAAAGCAUGAGGAGGAGAGCAUGAGUGAGUUUAUGAGUCAGUCCGAUCAAACCUUAUUGCUGCGAUGGAUCAAUACGCACCACCUGGAAACCAAGUUCAACACACGAGUCAGUGGAUUGGGUGAGGAAUGGAAGGAUGGUAAAAUGUUUGAAAUGUUGCUGCAAAGUGUUUUGGGAAAACGGUACUGUAAUGAGGACACAACACAUCAGAGCGGUGAGGACAGAAUUGCACAUGUCCUGCAAUGCAUUGAAGAAAAUGGUUUGAACAAGAAACGAAUACUUCUCGAGGUGGAAGACAUUAAGUGUGGAGAAAAAUCUUUGAUUUCUGCCUUAUUAAUGUCCGUAUUUUCGAGUUGUGAAGAGUCUGCCAAGUCAAUUCUCAUACCGCACACGAGAGAGGAGCUUGAGAGGCUUGCUGCAGAAGCUACGGAUAUUUCAUUGUCCACAUUAGUGUCCGUGUUGCCAUCCUCCUUCUUUAGUAGCUCCAACAAUCGAGAUGCAGGGUGGGAUUGGAAUAACGGAAGUGUGUCAGGAGACAUGUUAACCAUGGGCCAAUCCUUUCUGACAUUUCUCAAACACAUUUCGCUCACCAUGCAGAGUGGUAUUAAUGACAUUAUCAAACAGCGAGAGAGGAAUGCUGAGAGAGAGAAACCAAUGACCACCAGGUCCACAGUUGAAAUGGUGAAUACCAAUCAUGAGACGAACAAGAAAUCUGUGAAUGGAAAUAAUGAUCGAGUAAAUCCAGAGAGUCUCCAAUCACAGGCAGUGGUUACCCAUGUCACGUCCAAAAAUGCUGAAAUUGAAUCGAACCAGCCAUCCAUAAAGGUUGAAAAUGAUCAAGUCCAUACAGAUCGCCACCAACUUGAACCAACCAACGGCGAUGAAACAGAAUAUGAAAGAAAAGACCUGCAUGCUGUGAAAGAGGAAAACAAAGUUCUCUUAAACAAGUUGCACUCCUUGACAAGUUGUGUUCAGACUGCAAGCCAAGAUAUUACCUACUUACUUUCCACAAAAAAAGACGUUCUCAACACAUUUGCAGAGUACAAGUUGGGAGGUAAUUUGGCUGUAGAUAAGGUACUUUCAAAUAAGGGCGUUAUUCGCAGUGCAUUCUGUGAGAAACGAGGCACUUCGAGGAAAAGUUGGAAAAAGCGCUAUUUCAUUCUCUUCAAGGACUUCCUCUUGUACUACAAGUCGAAGGAUGGUUCAGAAAAACCAAAAGGCAUUCAAUAUUUGGAUGUUUCCACAACAGCUGAACUCAUAGAUUCAGAGGAAAGGAAGGGAAAGUUAUUUGUCAUCAAGUCUGCCAAUCGAGCUCUGUAUUGUUGUGCCGAAAGUGACGAGGAGCGAUUCGCAUGGAUUCAAAGUAUAAAUAAUUUGUUGAGGCAUGACCUUUGA